AUGGUCGCACACUCCGAUGGAAUUAUUGUCUCAGCUUCUGCUGUCACCACUCCUGUUGAAACCAACGGGCACGCUGUCGAGAAGGUCGUCAAAUCUCUUCCAGUAGACUUCUACACAGAGUUUUUAUCUGACGCCGCCAAAAUACGGAAGCCCAGUCCUAUUCGCGGGCUGUUCCCAUUGGAAAACAAGCCAGGUGUGAUAUCACUUCUAGCGGGAAAACCCAACGAUGCUAUGUUCCCCUUCAAAUCAUUAUCUUUCAAUAUUACCUCCCCUACGGACCCAUCGCAGGAACAGUCGAUCUCGCUAUCCGGAAAGGAUCUUUCGGCUGGCUUGCAAUACGGCCCCACUGGCGGUCUUCCUCGUCUCCUGAAGUGGUUCAUAGGAUUGCAAACGCUCUCUCAUGGCCGCAAAUCAGGCGAGGGAUGGAGUUUAUCCAUGGGCAGUGGUUCGCAGGACUUGAUUUAUAAGGCAGUCAACGCUUUAGUGAACCCUGGAGAUGCUGUUCUUGUGGAGUCUCCGGUGUAUGCCGGUGUCAUCCCAAUGUUUAAAAGUCUGCACUGCGAGCAGAUCGAGAUAGAAACAGAUGCGAAUGGGGUGUGCUCUCAUUCGCUGCGCGAUAUUUUGGAGAAUUGGCCUAUCGGAAAGCCGAAGCCGAAGGUAUUUUAUACGGUGCCCUACGGCUGCAACCCCACCGGUAUGACAGCAACUGUUGAGCGUCGCAAAGAAGUAUUGCAACUUGCACGCGAACACAACUUCUUGAUUCUCGAAGAUGAUCCCUACUUCUACCUGUACUUUGGAAAAGCCGCUCGGCCGCCGUCGUACUUCCAGCUGGAACUUGACGAGCCUGUGGUCGGCCGAGUUAUCCGGUUCGACAGCUUCUCCAAGAUUCUUUCCGCAGGCAUACGCAUGGGCUUUGCAUCAGGCCCGAAGCCUAUUAUUGAUGCUAUAGACUUGCAUACUGCAUCGGCCAAUCUGCAAUCCUCAUCACUCAUUCAGGCGAUCACCCUCGCACUGGUUGAGGAAUGGGGUUACGCCAAUUUCUUCGCCCAUACGCAGGCCGUUGCCGAGUUCUACCGCAAGAAACGCGACGUGUUCGAGUCUGCUCUUAAUGCGCACCUCAGUGGGCUUGCAGAAUGGUGCACCCCUGAAGCGGGCAUGUUUUUCUGGUUCAAGCUGCUUCUCUCACCAAAUCAUACACCUGGCGUAGAUGAGGGUGACUCAGAAGACCUUAUACGAACCAAGGCAUAUGAGAACGGUGUGCUCGCACUCCCUGGCACGGUCUUCCUUCCCAACGGACGUAAGACAUCAUUUGUGAGGGCCUCGUUCUCUUUGUGUACGGAAGAACAAGUGAAUGAAGCGCUGAAACGCCUCAGAGAUGUAUUAUUGAAGGAGAGAGGACAAGCGUAG